AUGGCCUCUGGAUACGGCAAUAGAUGUUUUGUGAGCCCCUUUGAAGGCCAGACUGUUAUCUGGGCUUUUAGCAAGGCUGAAGAGAUGCCAGCUCAAGCCGCUGGCGGAGGUGGACGUGCACUCCUGGAUGAAGUGCGACAGCAUUGCAGCGAGAUAGGAGAGCUAUUCGCAAGUUUGAUAAACUCAACAGACUCUUCAACAGCCUUUGUUAUCCCAGCGCGCGACAAGAAGCCGUUCAGCCAUGAGAACGUUCUACCUGGUGUGGUCUUUAUUGGAGACAGUAACCAUGCUGUCAGCCCCUUCGCUGGAAAUGGUGCCAACACGGCUUUGGCAGAUGCAUGGGACCUGGCUGGAUUUCUGUUGGCCUCGGAUUCAAUUGGCAAUACUGUCGCGGCAUAUGACAAGGUGUCAGUUCCUAGUGCGCAGAGAACUCUCCACUCUUCACACUGGCGGAUAAGUAUUGCAAAUCUUGAGAGCAUCACUUUUGCUAUAUUCAGACGCAUCAUCCAAGUAGGCGGACUUCUCAAAUGGAUAGCUGGAAGAUGA